GAUGUACGAAAGCUGCGGCUUCUUUGCCGCCAUUUACUUCUUGCGAGGCCAUAAAUUGGAAAGGAAGCCGAUGAGUUCCGCUCGUGUUCUCGGCUGUCGGCGGGGUUAUGGGUCAUGGAGCUGGGCGAUGCGUGUCCAGACCGUAACGAUACCGAUACAGCAGGGGUUUGCAUCUCAUCGUCGCGUUUGAGCCCGACUCGCUCCAGUACAACGGCGGCUGUUCCGGACCUCGAAGUUACCUAAGGCUACCUUAACCUCGAUUUCCAGCUCGCAUCACAUACAGGCGCCCAAGAGUCGGUAACUUUGCUAGGCAUCUUCCUUAAUUAAUUGACUGAGACUUCCCCGCCCAAACCUUUCACCAAUAACCUGCUUGAACCUGCUUUUUGAGCACUCUUUCUGCCAAGUUUGGGUAACUGGACAUGGCCUCGCCGGCACACUCUCCGCCCUACCCAUUGCACUCGCAACUGCCAGGACUCAAUACCAUGUCCGCAAACAAGAAACGCACCGCCGACGGUGGUCCCGCGGCGCCCGCACUGAAGCGACGCAAAGCGUCGGCGAUCUCGAUGGCCUCGGGCCCAGCAUCCGCACACCCACUACGUCAGACCUCAUUCGCUCCUGAUCACGACGACGCCGGAACACCGUUCGACGCGCGAUCCCCAUCCGACAUGGACGCCAUGAGUUUCGUAAGCGGCAGCCAGGUCAGCGCGGCGCCGCCGCUUAAGAAGAAGCGCGGCCGCAAGUCCAAGGCCGAGAAAGCCCGCGAGCAGACCCCGUCCAUCGUCGGCGGACGCGCGGCCACGGCAUUCAGCGGGGUCAGCGGUGAUGGUGCUGGCGGUCGGGGCAGUAAGAGCGUGGCCGGUGGAGCGGGUGGGGGCGGAGGGGGAGGUGACGAGGGAGAAGGCGAGGACGAAGGCCCGACCGAGGUUGCCGCCACGGCCGAUGUGCGCACCAAGGAGCAGAAGGAGGAGGAGCACCGCAUGAGGGGGAUGCUCAUCAGCGCGCUAUCCGAGGACCAGUUCUACCGGUUUGAGAAUUGGCGUGCCGCCAACCUGAGCAAGGCGUCGGUCAGAAGGCUCGUCAACGCAACCAUCUCUCAGUCGGUCGCCGAAAACGUCGUGAUAGGAAUGCGCGCAGUGGCCAAAGUCUUCAUCGGGGACAUCAUCGAGAGUGCGCGUCGCGUUCAGGGCGAGUGGAUCGAGAAGACGGGCGAGAAGCAAACCGACCUCCCGUCGCCGCCGCCCACUGCCAACCCGGCGCCCCAUGCAGAUGGCGAAACCAAUAACGAAGCGAAUGAGGCGAAAGCAGAUGACCGUCGCGGCCCGCUGCGGCCAGAGCACCUCCGGGAGGCCGUGCGCCGGUACAGGAAAGGCUUCGAGGGCGGCGGAGUCGGCAUGCAAUGGGUCUACCACCACCAGCAGCAGGGUGGCGUAGAGAGGUUUUCGACGCGGACAGGGGGGCGGAGGAUCUUUCGCUGAGUUCGUCUCAGGCAAACACUACAUUGCUGUGCCGGGGUGGUGCAUUUGGUUUUGGAGUUCGGCGGUUGGGAGUCGGCGUUGGAGUAUUCGAUACCCAUGGCAAUAAUCAACACAACUAACACAACUUUUAUGGGGUAUACAAGACAGUGAUAUGGCCCGACAUCA